CCAUUUGUUUUGCGCGAAAUUCAAUCAUCCAGAUAUCGACGGUGAAACUGAAUGGAACGAGGUGGCGUUGAUAAAACGUGGUGUUAAAAAUCUGCCAGUAGUUGAAAGAUUUGAUUUUCACUUGACUUGUCCCAACAGUGCAGACAAUGGGACUCAAUGCUCUACCUCCUAGCAGUCCUACAUAUUUAAAAGCAUGUUCCGUCACCCGACUUGUUGACUUGUGCAUCACAUAUGUGGCGAAAAACUUGAACUAUGUUGAAUCAUUUGUGGAUUUCCCUGACGGGAUUGGUGAACAAAUAUUUGCUGUGGCUGUUUCACUUGGCGUGUUUGGGGAGCGGUCCCGGAGUGAGGUCACCAACAUGAGUCUGUUCUCGGACGCGUAUGGUCAGCAGGUUCUCAGUCACUUGAAUCUGUCACAGAAUCACCUGGUUGCCAAUAACUACACCGACACCAUCUGUGUGUUCACAGGACUGACGGGGCUCGACCUCGCAUCCUGUGGUCUUGGAGACGAUCACCCUUUGAUUGCCGCUGUAGCAAACAUUGACAGUUUGUUGCUACUUGGCCUGCGGAAUAAUGCUUUAAGUGAUGAAGGCAUUCGGAAGAUGACAUCACCAAUUCGGAUGUUCAAGAAAGGUCCCUUGAAUCUGCAGAAAAUAGAUAUUUCAGACAACACCCAGAUAACAGUGAAGGGCGUGGUUUACCUCAGGGUGUUCACCCAGCUGCAAGUCAUUGAUCUGAGCGGGACUUCUGUGAAGCCUUUAGAAACGGCAGCAUUUGAAGAGGAAAUGAGAUUGGUACAGUUAACGGAGAAAGCAUCAGAUGCACCUUUGUUCGAAGUUCAAACAGAGGGCUGGGCUGCUACUGUCAUAGAGGCGUGGAUCCAGGACUGCCAAAGAAGGCAGAAACUAAAUACUUCAAAACCAAAACGAUUAAACUUUUAUAGCAGAACAUCGAGAGGCAUCAAUCAAGAUAUAAACUCCGAUAGAGCAUCUUUUCAGACUCUGGCUAAGACGUCUGUAUUAGUUCUUACAAAACAAAGUACUGCUGGUUGUCAUCAACAGAAAACCGAUGUCAGUGUCUUGUCUUCUCAAAACUGUGUUAACUUAGAAAUGAAAGAAAUGGACUGCUUAUUCAAAACCACAAACAGAACUGGGUCAGUGGAUUUUGAACAGGUCAAACCAAAAGUGUUUCUUUCUAAACAUCCCUGUAAAAAGAGGAAGCAAAUAGAACUGAAAGACACUGGAGACUGCGAUGAUGAAGACAUAUUGUUGAUAGCAAUGUAUUCUGGUUCAGAAAACAGAAAACAGAGCCGCUUCGCAGAUCUCUUUUGAUCCAACUUGUUUUUAUUCCAUUUUUAUUUCAACGAGUGCAAUAAAACUUUGAUUUAUUUGAUAA